CAGAGAGAGAGGGAGAGAGGGAGGGAUCAUUUGCGCACCAGAGCUUGUUUAUGACUCCUUCUGUUUCACUGGGCUGCUUUUGCGCAAAUCGCGUGUUAUUUCAUGCACAGUUCACAUUUGCAGUGUGUUGUCUGUUUUUUUUGUGUAUUUGCAUUUCUAUAAGAGUCGUAGCGUCCGUGUACGCGCGUGCGUAAAGACCCACAGACCCGCGCGCUUCGCCUCGACGCACCGGGGACCCCUGCGCGCAACAAGAGCCCCCCAUGGGUGCAAUAGUGCAAGCGCAGACGGCGGUGAUUGGCCAGAGGUUGAUCAGAUGGUACACUUCCCCUCCGUGUUCAGUGGCACCUCACAACCCCCCCUCUCAGCAAAAACCAAAUCUCCGAUAAAGUAAUGGCAAAACCACUUGGACUAUAAAAGACAACAAAUCAUAUUCCUCCGGAGUAUAUACACCCCGUUGUCCACCCAAUGAGUUCCUAUUUUGUUAACUCAACUUUUCCCGUGUCUCUACCGGGAGGACAGGACUCUCUCCUGGGUCAGAUACCGCUCUAUUCCUCGGGAUACACGGAUCCGUUAAGACACUACUCCAGCGCGGCCACAUAUGGAGCAGCAGCCAACAUGCAGGAGAAGGUUUACCCGGCGUCCUACUACCAGCAGACGGGCGCAGCGGCCGCGGCCAUCUACGGCCGGGCCGGUGGCGGAGCCGCCUGCGACUACAACCCGGUGGGGACUUUCUACAAGGACGCGGAGGGCUCGUGCGCCUUCUCGAGCCGCGAGGACCAGCCGCUGUUUGUCACUCAGGAGCACCAGCAGCGCAAAGCCGAGUGCCCGGAGCAGAGUGUCAGCAUGGGCGGCGGCAUCGACGACAAGUCCUCCACUCUCAUCUACCCGUGGAUGCAGAGGAUGAACGCCUGCUCCGCCG